AUGGAUUCUUAAUAAUCUGUAGAGUGGAGCUCAAUGUCUUUUCAGGACAAGCUGAAAUAUUUGAAAUAACUGACAGAUGAUCAGCUUUAUGAUUUAUCUUAUGAAUACCUAAAUAAAUUUAUAAAAGAAGAACAAGCAAAUUUGCAAAUAAUGGAUCCGAAUGACAAAAAGAAAUUCGAAGAUUUAAGGAAAGACAUUGAAGAAACAAUUUCAGAUAUGAAUUUUUAAUUAGAUGAGAUGAAAAAUUCUUAGCAUUCAGAUUCGCAUCAAAUAAAUAAAAAUUUAGUUAUUAGCUAUAAAAUAUUUGAAAAAACCAAUACAGUGUCAAUUAGAGCCUAAGCUGAGCUAGAUAUUCCUUGGUUUAAUUUAGUAGCACUUGUUUAUGAAAUAGAUUUAUUUAAAAAUUGGUUUCCUUUCUGUAAACAUGCCUACACAAUUAAAAAACCGAAGAAAGGUGAAAAAAUUGGAUAUUUUGAAAUGAACCUUCCAUUUAUUUCAAAUAGAGAAGCCUAUAUUUAAGGAGUAGGAAUAGAUAGACUAGAAGUGAAUGGUACUAUUUUAAUUAAAUGCAAGACUAUUCAUGAUGAUCAAUAGCUGCUAAAAGAACUAAAUAUUAACCUUAGUGAAUCUAAAAAUGUUUAAGUAUAGCUUAACUUUUUUGCUUGCGAAAUCUUCCCUGUUCCAGGAUUCAAGAACAAAGUCAAAAUUACAACUAUUUCAAAUGUUGAUCCGAAAGUUAAAUUCUUGCCUAAAUGGAUGCUUAAUUUUUUUGCAAAAAAGUUUGGUACAUACUUAAUGGAGAAGAUAUUUAAGUUAGCAUCUGAUAUUAAAGGCACAGAGUGGGAAAAAGCUAUAAAUGCUCCAGAGAAUUAAGAAUUUUACUAAUGGGUAUCUUAAAGAGUCUAACUGCAUGAAGAAAAAACUCUUUAAAACAAUUAACAAACCAAAAAUUAAUAAAAAUGA